GUAGGCUCCGCGGUGGCGGUGGCUAGGGAGGGAGCGACCCUGCCGGCUGCGCUCGCCCCCGGGCUCCACCUGCCCGGCGGAGAGGGAGGCAACGGGCCGCGCCCAGCAGGGGGACGAUGACGAGCCCCUCAGAAAAUACAAAGGACAUUCUGGUGAUUUAUGAAGAAGAGGCAGAAGAAUGGGCUUUGUAUUUAAAAUCACUUUUCAAACACAUUGUAAAGGAAGAAGGAAUCUUACUUUACAACCUAGAGACUUUAUCUUUUCAGCAUCUGGAGUCACACUCUCUAUCCUGUUAUAGAUGUAAACUUCUCAUACUAUCAAAUGGACUUCUAAAAUGCCUGGAUCAAAAGAGAAGAUAUUUUUUGGUCAGGGUCCUCGAGCCUCCAGCUAGGGUAGUGAUUCUACUUUGUGGGGUGGAGAACUCAGACGUUCUACAUGAGAUACUGACUUUAGACCAAAGAAGCCAAGAGAUCUCCACUGAUCAGGAUCCCGAGGAAUAUCUCUCCAUUGUUGCUGGUGUUAUUCAACAAGAUGAACCACAUAAUGAAGAAGUUGAGGAGUCAUUGUCUUGCAUCUAUGAAACAGUUCUUGCAGAUGAUUACCGAGACAACUCUGAAGUUAACUUGCAGUUGGAUGAAGGAGGCAUAUCGGUGAAAACAGAUGUGAGUUUGGAAACUGAGGUAGUUUCUGAAACGUUGGAUACUACAGGACCAUCUGUAUUGGUGCUACCAGGAAGGAUAUCAUGUGAGAACCCUGGUGAAAUAUUCAUUCUUUUGAGAGAUGAAAUAAUGGAAACUGUAGAAAUUGAAUUCGUAACAGAUAAUCGACGAAUUAGGACACAGCCAGCCUUUUGGAAUCAGAAGGUCAGAUGCAUGAAAGCUUUAGAUUUUCCUGCUGGCCCUGUAAAUGUAAAUGUCUACUGUGGGGGAGUCAUUAAGGCUGUGACACAGAUUGAAUACUACACAGCAGUAGAGGAGAUUGAACGCAUAUUUAAAAAAGUGGCUGAUCCAAUAGCUUUUGCUUGUCAGGCUUUCAAGUUUUCUUCUGUGGAGAAGCUUGACAGUACUCUGACCUUCUUAUUGAAAAGCAAGGAGUCUGCUUAUGAAUUCAGCGCUUUCCCAAAUGAAGUGCACCAUCAACAAGCUAAUUCCUAUUGGGAAGAACUUCCUACACUUCUCCACUGUGCAGCUAAAUUUGGAUUAAAGAACCUUGCUACUCUUCUACUCCAGUGUCCUGAGGCAAGUCAGGCUUGCAGAAUAACCAACAAACAUGGAGAGAACCCAGCACAUAUUGCUGGAAAGCAUGGGCACAACGAACUCCAAAAAAUCAUCCAAGAAUUGUCAAUUAAUACAACUGAUAAUGAAGAUGGUGAUCAGGAGGAGGGGGAAGAUGGAAUUUAUGUGGCCAUGCUGAGCUCAGGCCCUCACAUUACCUCUUCAUUAACAGACAAACAGAGCACAGGAGACCAGUGUGGAGUCAGACAGAAAGCCUGGGAGGAAUCAGGCAAGAGAAAAGAGGACAAGGAGGAAGAAAAGGAAGAGGAAGCUGAAGAAGUCAAGGGAGUAGAAGAAAAGAAAGAUGAAGAAAAUAAUUCAGAGGAAAAGUCAUACAGCUUUGAUGACAACGAUGACAAUUUAUAUGCCAGCAUACCUGAUGAUGAUCCUGAAGUGGGUGGAAGAGACUCCUUUUUCCUGGACAAGCCACCCCUACCUCCUCGAGCUCCAUCUCCCACUAUAAAACAAGAUUAUAUUCACUACUUUUCACAAGCAAGGAAAUGGGAAGAAGACAAAAAGGAAAGAGACGAGACUUCUGGUCAUCUGGAAGUAUACGGUGGAGAAGAGGAUAAAUCUGAGGACGAUGAAGAGGAUCCGUAUACUUUUGCCGACUUGGAUGACAGUGUGUAUGAUAUGAUACUGGCCUCUGAUGAGGAGAAAAGAAAACAACACGGAUCCUUUAUUAUAAACCGGCCACCAGCACCUGCCCCUCGUCCCUUGAGUUCCGCUAAGGAAGAGAACACUCCCUACAUAGUACAAGUGUUUCAGCAAAAGGGCACCAGAAGUCAGAGUGAUAACGAGAAGAUGUACUGUGCUUUCAGGAAGCAAGACAGAGUUCGAACUGACACUUCCACCUAUACCACUUUGAAACACAGCAUCCCUUCUGGACAGGAAGAACUGAUCCUUUUGCAGGAACAGGUGAAGAAGGGAGCAAUUACUGUGGAUGAAGCACUUGAGAAAUUUAAACAAUGGCAGAAUGAAAAAAGCAGAUUAGAAGUUCCACAGCAGGAAAAAGUACGCCAACUCAGAGAUUGCAUUAUUGGGAAGAGACCAGAAGAAGCAAUUUUGUAUGACAAAAUCACCAUUGAACAUCAUCCAGAUGUUUGUGGGGAAAGCCUUCGUUUUAGAGACCUGCUGAACACCACACCAUUUAACAAACAGUCUGCAACUCGAAACCCACCAGAAAAGGAACAGGUGCCUAAAGAUCAUUAAUGGAGUGCACCUCUCCAUUCUGUCUUGCAUCAGCUGCCUCUGUUCAGCAUCCCACACACGUAUCCAGUCUACAUCUUGACUUACGCUCAAUCUACUGCACAUAUUGCUAAGAAAAUGACCAUGCUCUCAUCACUGCAGUUUCUGCACCUUGGAAUCAUAUGGUUUGGGCGAUCCUGGCAAAAGUCCAGCAUUGCUGAAGAAAGCAGUAAUAAAAUGUUCUUGUCCAGUCAGCACUAAAUUUCACACUCUUUCCUUGCUGUUCCUUUCAGUUGAUUCUCUAAAUGAGAGGUUAAGAAAGAAACUGUGCCUUGUUUUGUGUAUCGUAUUUUAUCCUCAUUUCAACUGCUACAAAACUGUUAGAGAAGUGCAGCUAAGAAGUGCCACUAAAAAGCUGAAUAAGAUGCUUGAUUUAAAUGGACUCACAUGCACACAACUGAUGAAGUUAUAAAGACAGAGAAAUUGUAUGUUUUCCUUUCUGUUGUUUAAAAACAUUUUUAUACAAAUUUGUAAUGUCUGUUUAUACAGGAAACUUGCCUCUUUUGCCAGGAGGAAUGACUGUGUUCUAAUUAGAGCUACUUUCUAACAGCCAUGUCUUUGUAUAUUAAGUUUGGAAGUAAAUCAGGACACGUUAUCUGCAGCUAUAAGCAUGAUUACAAAAAAUAAUGUUUACAAGGCAGGUUUGUGUUUGUUUGUGUAUGUAUGUUUAAUAGUGUGCCUAGGGUAAACUAGAAACACAGAACCAGGCUCUGACCUCUGGUAAACCCAUGCAAUCCUAGUAAAACACAUGCAGUGACUGGCAUAACCAAGCAGAAUUUGACUCAAAUUGUGGUCUGCAUUCACAUAGCAACAUACUCAGAGAUUGAAAUGAGCACCCUCAGUUGUGCAGGAAAACUUACAAGAUUUGAAGAAAUGACCCUUCUUAUCCACGCAAGGGAAAUGUACAGGUAUGAAUAUGCAAGUUACACUCUAGCCAGUAUUGUAUCCUGGAGAUAGCACUCACACAGUGCGAGAACUGAUUGAAGUGUUCGUUGCCAGCAAUUUGGUUGUUGGUUUUUCUAUCUGAGAAUAAUUUUUGCAGGUCAUGAAUUUUACUGAUUUUUUUGGUUAUUUGUUAUUGAUUGACAAAUAAUUUUUCUCAACACAUUUAGGCCUGUGCCUUAUUCAUGCACUGUUCACAGUAAGUCAUAGCAGACAUUCAAAAUUCUCAGUCUGCCCUUUCAGCUGUGUAAGUAGGCA